ACCGGCUCAGACCGGUUCUGGAGACAAAAGGGGCCGCGGCGGCCGGAGCGGGACGGGCCCGGCGCGGGAGGGAGCGAAGCAGCGCGGGCAGCGAGCGAGAUGCAGCGCCGAGGCUUUCUCCUCCUCGCCCUCCUCGCCCUGCUGGCGCUCACCUCCGCGGUGGCCAAAAAGAAAGACAAAGUGAAGAAGGGAGGCCCGGGGAGCGAGUGCGCGGAGUGGAUCUGGGGGCCCUGCACCCCCAGCAGCAAGGACUGCGGCGUGGGUUUCCGCGAGGGCACCUGCGGGGCCCAGACGCAACGCAUCCGGUGCCGGGUGCCCUGUAACUGGAAGAAGGAGUUUGGAGCCGACUGCAAGUACAAGUUUGAGAGCUGGGGGGCAUGUGAUGGGGGCACAGGCACCAAAGCCCGCCAAGGCACCCUGAAGAAGGCGCGGUACAAUGCCCAGUGCCAGGAGACCAUCCGUGUGACCAAGCCCUGCACCCCCAAGACCAAAGCCAAGGCCAAAGCCAAGAAAGGGAAGGGAAAGGACUAGCGGCCAGGCCUGGAUGCCAAGGAGCCCCUGGCUUUACUCGGAGGCCUGGCCCACGCCCUCCCUCUACCGGCCCAGGAUAUAACCCACCAGUGCCUUUUGCCUACUCGUUAGCUUUAUCAAUCAUGCUCUGCUUCUUCCCUUUCACUUGCCCACACCCACCCCAAGUGCCCAAAGUGGGGAGGGACAAGGGAUUCUAGGCAGCUUGAGCCUCGCCCAAAGGGAUCUGAGUCCCCUGUACCCACUUUUCUUCUUCCCCCAAUGAUGCCAUUACUAAGAAAUAAAUAAAUGUCUUUUUUUUUUCCCCCCAAUAAAAGCUUUCUUUUAAUAUAUAAAAGCCCCUU